AAAAAAAAAAAAAAAACUCUGGAUAUUUUACCGCACGGGAAGUCGAGAGCCGUCGUUCUGGAGAGAGAUCAGCAAUGGCUUCUACUGUCCAGCUAUCUGGAUUUUGGGCCUUCUAUUUCGGUUGUCCUCAAUCCAAAACCCUAGCUCUCCCUCUCGCUUCCUCUUCUGCUUAUUCCUCUGAAGCCUCAUCCCUCCGCUCCGUAAUCCUAACGACGCGCCGUCGCCGGCACUUCGUCCGAUCCACCACUUUCGGCAGCCUCUUCGUAACUGCCUCCGUAAGGAAGCUCUCUGAGACUGAGCUCGUUCCCAUCUCUUCGGAUUCCGACGGAAUUGAAGGCCUAUUCCCUCCGGGCGCCGGUGUCUAUGGAGUUUAUGACAAAAAUGGGGAUCUUCAAUUCAUUGGGAUCUCCCGCAACGUCGGCGCUAGUAUUGCCGCGCAUAGCAAGAUGGUGCCAGUUCUGUGCUGCUCGGUGAAGGUAGGACUAGUAGAUGGGGGUAAUCCUGAUAAGACAGUUCUGACCGAUGCCUGGAAAUCAUGGCUCGAAGAGCACUUAACCAUCACAGGUAAAAUCCCACCUGGCAAUCAAAGCGGGAACAACACAUGGGUUAGUAGACCUCAAACUAAACCGGAUCUCCGAUUGACUCGCGGCCGUCAUGUUCAGCUCUCGGUUCCACUUGAGGAGCUCAUCGAUCGGCUCGUCAAGGAGAACGAAGUAGUCGCAUUCAUCAAGGGAUCAAGAAGCGCCCCUCAAUGCGGUUUUUCGCAGCGAGUUAUCAGCAUACUCGAGUCUCAUGGUGUGAAUUUUGAAUCCGUAGAUGUGCUCGAUGAAGAACAUAAUUAUGGAUUGAGGGAGACGUUGAAGAAGUAUAGCAAUUGGCCGACGUUUCCGCAGGUAUUCGUUCGCGGGGAACUGGUUGGUGGAUGUGAUAUUAUUUCAUCUAUGGCUGAGAAGGGAGAGUUUGCCGCAUUGUUUGGGAAGUAGUUUCUGUAUCGGUAUUUUAGCAUAGUUACAUAUAUGUUUGGAUGAGAGAUUCACUAGCGUUGGUUGUGCUCGAGUUAUGGAACUGUUGGUGUCUAUAAUUUUUUUCAAAGUGGGAAAAAAUUUGCGUACAUAAGAACGUACGCAGAGCUGUGUACGUCUGUAACCUGCACCUGUAACCUCUCUGUAACAUAUUUGUAUAUGAAAACAGAAGCGCGAAACUUAUUAGAAGGUACAGGUAGGUUACAAGAAUGUUACAGGGAGUAUAACGCGGUUAUAACCUUCUAAAAUCCUCUCUGUAAUCUGUUUGCAGGUUACAGAUGUACGCAGUUCUGCGCAUGUCUUAUGUACGCAAAUUUUUCCCAGAGGGUUAAAAAAAGUUUCGCUUGGGUUAAAGGAUUUCUAUUUUAAUUUGAUA